CUAGAAAGAACCUGAGAAAGGAACAUGAAUACUACAAUCAAUUACAGAAGGAAUCCUGCCAGGAAACCAGAUUUGUUUUGGCGCUAAUUUAUUGUAGAGGACUUCCCAUUGAAUGAGGAGGAGGGGGCUGCCGUUGGCUGCGAUGUUUAGAAAAAUAGCGAAGAGGAUCGAAGCAUGGAAGAAGUAUAUUUUUUAGACCAGUGACUAUGUAGGUUGUAUAUGAUAAAUGUAUAUGCAUGUGUGGGUUGGUUUCUUCUUCAAGGUUGUUAUCCGUUCAGUCCAUUCAGAGGAUCUCACCAAGAGAUUGCUGGGUGGAGUUGAUGCAGCUGCAGGGAAGGCCGAUGUUCGGCGGUGUUUUUCGACUCUUGCAAGCUGCGGAGAAGAGGCCCUCCGGGCUCACCAGUUGGUUAUGGUCUUCCAAGUUCGAUGUCAUGGAACAUGCUGUCAAGCUGAAAGAGCAUAACCCCGCGUUGCCGGAGAAUUUGUACUUGAUCUCAAGUGGUGCUUGGCCUCGGACAGAAGCACCGAUGGAUGAUGAUGUCAGAAAGCAAGUGGUUGCCAGAAUACGAGAGUCUCUUGAUCAGUCCACUGUCACCUGGAAACUGUUCUGCGACACAGACGGCGAUAGAAGACCAUCGCCAUACACACUAUUGGCCUACGGCCUGUGUGACCAGGCCAUCGUACCGCUUCAUUUGAACAAAGGUGAUUUGGAUAGAACGGAAACAAUGCUUGGAGUGAUGCACGAGUUGAGGCAGCGUGGGGAGAUUCAGACGCAGGUGCUUUUCAUCGUGUGGAACUUUGUCAAAGUGCAGAAGGAUGAACCUGCUGACUAUCGUGGCAUGCCAAUACCUUUCACUCCUACGAAGGUUUGCAUGGACAUCCUGGAAUCCUGCAAUGCGCGGCUGUACAGAAGCGCGCAGGAGUUGACAGGGCUUUUCGUGCACACUCCAGAGUCCCAGGUUGACUUCAUCAAGUGUUCCACAGCAGUUCUUCGAGUCUUGGCCGACAAUGUCUUGAAGCCAUCAGAAGAACUUGGCCUUCCUGUCGCAGAGAUGGAAAGCAGAAUAACAGAAAGUGGCAAAAAAAACAUAAAGUUUCAGAGCGGCGACAUUGCGUACGACACGAAGGGUGAGACAAUUUCGAACGUCAUGGACGGCUUGAAGCAGCUGGAAGAGAAGUUUGAGGCAGGCCGCUUUAGUUUGAACUUCAGGAGAGGCCUCUCUCAAUUCAGGAUUCUGAAGCAAUUUCGAUGCUGUACAGCGGUCUUUUGCCCUGAAGUGUCAGAGCCACCUUGA